GAGAGGCGGGCGCAGGCUGCCCUGGGGCGGCGGCGCGCAUGCGCCUCCCGUGGCAGCGCUGCCGGCGGGAGGCGCCUGCUCUCCCGUUGCUGCCCGUGCGUGCUCCGCUCCGCCCGCCCCAAGAUGGCAGCGCUAAGUGUAAACAAGGUUGGGUCUGGUGCCGGGCAGGACAGCGGUCGUGGGGCUGGUGGCGGCGGUCGCGGCCCGGCUGGGGUCGCAGUGAAGGUUCUUGAAUGUGGAGUCUGUGAAGAUGUAUUUUCUUUGCAAGGUGACAAAGUUCCCAGGCUGCUUUUAUGCGGCCAUACUGUCUGCCAUGACUGUCUUACCCGGCUUCCUCUUCAUGGCAGAGUAGUUCGUUGUCCUUUUGAUCGACAGGUUACUGAACUAGGAGAUUCUGGUGUCUGGGGCUUGAAGAAGAAUUUUGCUUUGUUGGAACUCUUGGAACGGUUGCAGAAUGGACCUGCUGGGCAGUGUGGAACAGCAGAAGAAGCCAUUGGUCAAUCUGGAGAGAGUAUCAUUCGUUGUGAUGAAGAUGAAGCCCACAUUGCAUCUGUAUAUUGCACUGUUUGUGCCACUCACCUGUGUGCAGACUGUUCUCAGCUUACUCAUUCUACAAAGACACUAGCAAAACACAGGCGUGUACCUCUCGCUGAUAAGCCACAUGAGAAGACCAUGUGCUCCCAACAUCAAGUGCAUGCUAUUGAGUUUGUUUGUUUAGAAGAGGGCUGCCAAGCCAGUCCUCUUAUGUGUUGUGUCUGCAAAGAAUAUGGAAAGCAUCAAGGUCAUAAGCAUUCUGUCUUGGAACCAGAAGCAAACCAGAUUCGUGCAUCCAUUUUAGACAUGGCUCACUGUAUAAGAACUUUCACAGAAGAAAUCUCAGAUUAUUCCAGAAAGUUAGUUGGAAUUGUUCAACAUAUAGAAGGAGGAGAACAAAUAGUUGAAGAUGGAGUUGGAAUGGCCCAUACUGAACAUGUACCGGGGACUGCAGAGAAUGCUCGCUCGUGUGUCCGAGCCUAUUUUUCUGAUCUUCAUGAAACUCUUUGUCGCCAAGAGGAAAUGGCUCUUAGUGUUGUUGAUGCUCAUGUGAGAGAGAAGUUGAUUUGGCUUAGGCAACAGCAAGAAGACAUGACCAUUCUCCUGUCACAAGUUUCAACAGCGUGCCUUCAUUGUGAAAAGACCUUACAACAGGAUGACUGCAGAGUAGUGUUGGCCAAACAGGAAAUUACAAGAUUGCUGGAGACACUACAGAAACAGCAGCAGCAGUUUACAGAACUUGCAGAUCAUGUCCAGCUGGAUGCUAGCAUACCUGUCACUUUUACAAAGGACAACAGGGUACAUAUUGGACCAAAAAUGGAAAUCCGUGUUGUCACUCUAGGAUUAGAUGGAGCUGGCAAAACAACUAUUUUGUUUAAAUUGAAGCAAGAUGAAUUCAUGCAGCCAAUUCCAACAAUAGGUUUUAAUGUUGAAACAGUAGAGUACAAGAAUUUAAAGUUUACUAUUUGGGAUGUAGGAGGGAAGCACAAAUUGAGGCCCCUGUGGAAACAUUAUUACCUCAAUACACAAGCGGUGGUCUUUGUUGUUGAUAGCAGUCACAGAGACAGGGUCAGUGAAGCACACAGUGAACUUGCGAAAUUGUUAACAGAAAAGGAAUUGCGGGAUGCCUUGCUCUUGAUCUUUGCUAAUAAACAGGAUGUAGCAGGUGCACUUUCAGUGGAAGAAAUGACAGAACUACUGAGCCUUCACAAACUCUGCUGUGGCCGUAGCUGGUACAUUCAGGGCUGUGAUGCCCGGAGUGGUACAGGACUUUAUGAAGGAUUGGACUGGCUUUCAAGACAGUUAGUGGCUGCUGGAGUCCUGGAUGUGGCUUAAUUUUACAGCAGAUGAAAUUUAAGUUUGUACUGUUGUGUUUGUUUGCAUGAUUUAGGAUGCUGUAGCCAGGUCUGCUGUCUGAAGAGAGGACUUUGUUUAUCUUUGUGGCUGCAGAAAAAUAUAAGCCUAUAUCCUAAACUGGAUAAUUGGUUUAUUAAACUUGUGCUGUAACAGUGGUUUUGAGAUUUGGUAUAUUUACAAGUAAUGGAAUGGGCUCGUUACAGGGGUGCCUUGAAGUUUUUCUGGUGAAUUAGGUUAUUAAAAAUUAAAAUUCUUCCCUGAUAUAAUAUGCAUUGGAGUUUAUCUAGUAAUUAUAACAAGGUUGCAGUAGUUGACUGGUGUCAGAAAAAGUUUAAGUAGUUUAUGAAUACUUUCCCAGUAAACUAUUCCAAAAUCCAUCUCAAGUUAUUUGAUUAGAGAGAAAUAAAUGGUGCUUUUCUUUUAAGGUCAAAAGAAUUCAUUCAUCUAAAGGUGGUGUAAUUGUUUACAUUACAUAUAAGUACACCACAAAAAGAAUAUGUUCCCCCUGACAUUUAUUUGCAUACCUGAGAAAACUGAGAAUGGGGAACAGUGUUGCCUGGCUAAGGGGCUGUGGCAUUGAUUAACUAGGUGUUUUCUAGUUUGGGUGGGUGGCAAAGGUUAAGGUUGGGUUUUUUUGUGAGUUGUACACAUGCUAAAUUAUUUAUGAACAGACUGUAGUGAUAUUGAGCUGAAAGUGGUUUGUGUGUGCUUGAGGACAUAAUCUACCUUUAGAGAUUGCGUUUACUUCUGCAGAAGUCAAAUGAAGUUUUGAACAACUCAUCUUUAAGAAGUAGCUUGUACUGUCAAUCCAACUAUGUACUUUUAUGUAGAAGUCAUGCUUUCAGAUUAAGGUAGUGGCCUUAAAAUAGUAAAUAACACAAUGUAAACCAGUAUACACUAAUUAUAACUCUUACUUAGAGGAGCAGAUGGUGAAAUGUGAUAUAAAGCUUCCCUAAUUAGAUCUUAAGAUCUUACUCUGUCUUCUACAUGGAACUGUCACUAAUGCCUUUUUUCCAAGAUUGCUUAUUUGCAGACUCGUGAAAUAUGGGUGAAAUGCUGCUUAAAUUUAGAGAAGGUUGCAACAGCUUUAGUGAUAUCUCUUUUUUUUUUUCCUGCUGCAUAUUUAGCUCUGCUAAAAGAUUUGUCUGUCUAGUAUGCACACCAGAGUCUUCUGUCCUCUUUUUGUAAGAGUACAGCCAUUAAAGUAGCUGUACUGUAGAACUUGUGUCAGCAGAGGAGGUACAAAGAGCCAGUAGAUCAAAACCUUGUAUCAUCACUUUUCUUACUGGAGCAGAGGUGACUCAGGAGAGCCAGACAGUGGAAGUGAGCAGAGUUGUUUCACAGACAGGUAGAUACUGUUGCCACAUUGAAAAGUGUGUUUACCUGUGAGACCUCUAAACCUCAUCUUUUAAAGAAAAGAUACCCCAUUUUCUGUGACUGUGGCUUUUAUUGUAAUAUUAAAUAUGAAUUGAACAAUGUUUUCCCACUAGGUAUCUUACGUAAAGCCAAGAAUGUAUAAACAAACAAUUUAGUACAUUUGCAGUCUUCUUAAAGAGGAGCAGUUAACGUGUUGUUCCUCAUGACACUUGUAGUUCUCUGUUAGAUCUUUUUGAAAAUGAUGUUGAGUGUGGCAAGAUUCAGCAAGCCAAGUGCAUAGCAGCUGAAAGAACGCUAGUCUCCAAAGUAGUUAAAUGUCUCUGAACACCCUCCACAUGUACAAAGGGUAUUUACUCUUUCUUCAAUGUGGUAUUUGGACAUAAUUUUACAACAGAGUGAAAGAUGCUUUCUUGCACCACUUGGACUAAAAAUUACUCAUCUUUCCCAGCUUGUAACACAAUAGACAGUUGACUGCUUUGCCCAUACUGCAAAGCAGUCCAAGACCUACUUAGUGCUGACUGUCCCUUCAUAAGUAUCUUCUCCUGAAAUAUUUUUAACAGGGCAGAGAUGCAUACUUCAGUAAAAUCCCAACUCUGUAAUUUUAUUUUGGCUGUCUUAUGCUCCAGUUACACAUGCCUCAGUGUAGCUCCGUUGUAAAACACUCAAGGGGACCAGUUUGGAUUUUUUAUAACGUUACAUUUGAGGGCAGAGGGGAAAUUGGAAAAUUCUCGCUCAUGCAUACUAUCAUAAGUACUAAGGAUUGCUUUGUGACACGUGGAAUGCUACCAUAAAAGUGUUUUUAAAUGGAAUUUAUUUCUAUUAUCUUGAAAUUAACUGUGAAAGUGUUUAAUUUGUCUGUGAACUCUUCAGUGUAAAGAGGUACACUAAGAGGUUUAUUUGUAUUAUAAAUUAAUACUACAUAUAAACGCCUUCAGUUAUAAAUUUAAGCUUGUUCCACCAGUUUUACUGGACUUUAACUUUUAGUGUACUAAUUCACACAAUAUCUGGUUGAAAUAUCUCCUCAAAUAGAACUCACUCAAGUGUUACUAUGAGGAUUGUUUGAAAAGACUGAAUAACUUUUCAUAGGAUUUUGACUUAUUUGUGAAAUUAAGUAAAUACAACAUACAGUGACUGUGUUGUGGCUUUCUUUAAAGAAUCUCAGCUCAAAAGUAGUAUGCCUAGUCUAAAUGAAAAAUGCUUUAUCCCUUGAUACAAUUUUACUGCAUACUACCUUUACGUUGACUGUGAAGUGUGUGGCACACUGGGAUUUUAUUCCAAGAUAGCUCUUACUUGGAACUGUUGGAGUAGGUGUGGAUGCUAUGUAAAGAUUUCUUGAAAGGGCUCUUUUAUUGGAAACAAUUCGUGGCCUGCUGCAGUGAAUUGCCCAGAAAAAUACUUCUAUGGAAAAGAAUUAUCUAAAACUUUGAAUUUUAAUAAACUUUUUCUUUAUCUCAGAA